GGCAAAAUUGCUAAUGGCUCCUCGCCCAGCCGCCGCCUCCGCCCCUCACCCAGCCGCCGCCUCCGCCCCUCACCCGCCGCCUCUCCGCCUCUUCCUCCCCUCCCCCUCCCAUCGUGAUCGCCCCCCUCGACCUCUCCCACCUGCCGCCAUACGGCACUUCCACCCGACCGGCUUGUAGUUGGAGAGCGCCGCCACGAGCGGCACCGACGACGACGACAUCGUGGGCAUCUGCACGGCCGUGCACGGGCUGCACGCGUAGCACAAGCCGCGGCAGCUCGGCGGGCUCGACCCCAGCCGCACCUUCUCCUCCUCCUCCUUCGCCGCCGCCGCUCCGUCGUCGCCCUGCUGCCGCACCAUUGAUCCGUUAGCGUGGCACAACAUUAACUCCGGCCAAGCACCCACCUGGACUGUUGAAACAAUCGCUCACAGGCAACAUUAUCAGAACUGUUGAUCAAUUAUGGCAAGAGCUUCUUGGAAUAUGAAUUAUGAGAAGAGUCUUGUUGACAUCUUGCAUGAGCAUAAUAAUCCAAGAUUUAGGGGUCAAAAUGGUUGGAUUCCGGAGGGCUGGCGUAGUAUAACUCAAAUGUUCAAUGAGAAAUUUCCUCUAGCUCAAUUUUCGAAAGCGCAAAUCCAAGAGAAAGAAAAAGAGCUCAAAGCAAAUUACAAGUUAAUAAAGGAAGCCCGGAAACAAAGUGGGGCUGGAUGGAAUGACAGCCUUGGCAUGAUAAAUGCAUUGCCACCAAUAUGGGACAGAAUAAUUAAAAACCAUCCAAAGAUGAAGAAGUUCCAAUCAAAGCCAUUUCCUCUCUACAACCAAUUGGAAUUGCUAUAUCAAGGAAGCUGUGCAACCGGAGAUCUAAAUUUUACAUCCACGCAACAACUAGCACCGGUUCAGCAGGUUUCAAACCCUCAAGAUGAUGCUGUAAAUGAAGCUGUAAGCUCUUUUAGGAAUGAUGACCUUGAGCUCGAUUCCGGUUUAAAUCCAUCCUCCUCAAAUGUUCAAAGGCACGCAGUUUCAAGUACUCAUGCUGAUCUUGGCACAAAUGACCGGACACCGGCAUCUUCGGAUUGUAGAGAGGAUAGUCAUGGAAGGAAGUGCAAGCAAAACCAAAUCGCUGGGGUUCUUGAGGAUUUUUUGCAAUUCAAGAAGGAACAAAGUAACAAGUUUAUUAGUGAGGUCAAUCAACCAUCAAAUGAAAGAAGCAAAGAAGAGUAUUCCAUUGGAAAGUGUGUUGCUAUUUUGGAGUCAAUGGAAGAUCUAAGUGAAGAAGAAAUGGCAAAAGCAUUAGGAGUGUUUAAGUGUGAAGAAAACCGGGAGAUCUUUAUGACUACCAAGAGGGCACGUGUUAGGUUGUUGUGGCUUAGGGAUGAGAUUAACAAACAGGUGCUAUCUCCACGAGUGAGUGGUGUAUGAGGAUUCCUGUACUUGGAAGUGUGUAGAAAUAUUGAUGUGAGAUGCUAAAGCUACUGAAGUAAGAAGUGCAAUUGUUAAGAAAACUGAAGUAAUGAGAUUGUUAAGAAUAUUGAGAUCUCUUGUGCUUGAUCUAAUGUAAUAGGACCUAUUAGCUUCUAUAUUUGGAUGACAUUGUCUUUGUAUAAUUUGAGCACUUGGUACUUUCUAUAGUC